CCGGGCGGCGUGCUCAGCAUCAUCUCUCCUGGCUGUCACUGACGAUACAAAUUGCAUGGCUCUGAUGGGUCACUUUAGUUUGGACAGACACCCAUUACCUUAGGUGUAUAAUAACAAGCCCAGUCUCCUGCAUUAGCUAUGGAUCUUCAGAACUAUAUAUAAAGCCUGUUCUAGCAGAAAAGGAAACUACUUCCCCAUAGAUAUCCACUGAGAGCUCUAACUAUAACUGAGGAUAGUUUCUUUUCAUCAUGUUCCACGUUGUGUUGAUGGUGCUAGUCCUAGCCAGCAGCUCUUGGGAAUGUCAGUUACCAUCGGACUGGAGACCCCUGAGUGAGGGUUGCAGAGCAGAGCUGGCAGAGAUCAUAGUGUUUGCUAAGGUGCUGGCAGUCUACCAGGAGACGUACAAUGUGUAUAACUACCUGUCCUGGCACUAUGAAGCUGGUGAAGGGGGUCUCUUCUACUCUGCAGAGAUUGAGAUGCUGUGUGACCAAGCAUGGGGCAGUAUGCUGGAGCUGCCUGCUGGAUCUAGGCUGAACCUCACUGGACUGGGCUAUUUCUCCUGUCACUCUCACACAGUGCUGCAAGGACAGUCCUACUUCUUCUUUCUCAGAAUGGAUGAGAAUUACAAUUUACUCCCACAUGGGGUGAACUUCCAGGAUGCAAUAUUUGCAGAUACACAAGAAAACAGACAAAUGUUUUCUAGUCUUUUCCAAUUUGCCAACUGUUCUCAAGGGCACCACAAGACAGCAUUGUCCCCGGACUGGGCAGUCCAAGAAGACAACAGGCUCAUGUGCUCAUCCAUCCAGAGUGCAUUAUUUGAAGAAGAGGACAGAGUAAAGAAGCUUCAGCAGAAAGUGGCCGCAUUGGAGAAACGUAACAAACAGUUGCGAGACCGUGUCAAAAAAGUUAAGCGUUCCUUACGGCAAGCAAAAAAGAAUGCAAGGCUGAUGGAAAUGACAAACAGGAAGCUAAAUGAGAAGCUAUCCUCUGAAGACAAACACAUCCCACAUGUAAACGCUUUCAAAAAAACAAAGACCCAUCCCACCUACUUUAAAGUAUAACACAGCCUGUCUUAUAGACGCUAAUGUAGAGCUAUUUGCAGUAGGCUGAAACCAUGGGCUUUGGAAGAAGGAGAACUCAGCAUUAUGUGCUUAUGUAUCUGUUAUCCUAAACAUCUCUCUGCUUGAUAAAUAUGCUUUAUUAAGUAGACUAGGCUUAGAGGGAGUCCCAUGGGGGUUUUUCUAACGGCUUCUUAGUGGAGUUGCAGGGCAGCACCACAUUUGAUAGAAUGUGACUAAUGUCAGUCUCAAAGAAAAUAGUGUUUAAAUUACAACAAAAGUGCGUUAAUACUGUUUUAUAGCUGUUCUUGAUAAAAUAUUAUGUUUGUGUUUAUUAUCUACUGUGUAUUACCAUUUUAUAUAUAUACUUUUGAAUA